AGUGGAGAACAGCCUUAUGUUGGGAUAUAAAGGUCACAAGUGUUUCCUUUCACCUCUCCAGCUGGGAGCCAGGCUGACAGACAUGGGAGGUGGCAACAAGUCUUUGCAACAAAAGGAGCUUUUGGGGUGUUUUUCUUGAGGGAGACCUGCAGACCAGUCAGUCCUUUCUGCGUGGGGUCUGUAGCCUUCUUUGUGCAGCUCCAGCAGAGCUGAUUUCCUCCUCUGGGGAAGAAUUAGUGCUGUUCCUGCAUUCCCUGAACUCUGUGUGGGAGACCUCCAGCACCAGCAGUGUGUUGUACCCAGCUCUGUGACAAUACACUGGUUUGCUCACCUCUCAUUAAAUGUUUCCAGUGUGAAUAUCAGGUGAAGGAGGAGGAGGGUGUCUGAAUACCAAUGAAUGGGCUGUGAUGGAUAACAAGGACUCAGAAGCUGAGAUCCACCCUCUGAAGACUGAGGAUGUAAAAGCUCAGGAGAACCAUGAAAACUACGUGGAGAGGAGGAUUAUCAAGUCCUCGGGGCUGUCCCGGCUGUCCCGGUGGCGCACUGCUGCCUUCUUCAUCUCCCUGUUCCUCUGCCUGAUCAUUGUGUUUGCUUUCUCCUUUAUCAUUCCCUGCCCAGAGAGGCCAGUUUCAGAAAGAACAUGGUUCCAAUACUACAACAACGCAGAGCCCUACCCGUUCCUUGCUAUAGAAGACAUGAAUGAAGACAAAGUACAAGAUGUGCUCUUUGCUUUCAAAUCCAGCAAUGGCAGCAGCAGAUUCAACAUGUCCUGUGUGGAUGAAGGGCUGCCGUCUCCCUGUGCCUUCCUCGCUGCGGUGUCUGGCACGAAUGGCAGCGUGCUCUGGGAGAGCCCUGCUGCAGAGGACGUGCAGUGGCUGCAGUGUGGCAUCCAGCAGCUGGGCACGGCAGCAGCCCCGGGCUGCCUCGUGGUGGAGAAGCCACUGUCCCUUACAGCCGUCAGCCUGAGCACAGGGGAAGUUCUGUGGAGGCAAUCCCGUGACUUUGGAGCUAAUUAUACUGUGCUGACUCCUUUAUCAGUGAUUCCAGAUGUGGAUGAUGAUGGAGUUCAGGACCUGAUAAUCUUUAUUACUAAAACAGGCCAGGUGAAGGUCUUCAUCUGUUCAGGAAAAACUGGCCAGCAGAUUGGCUCCACGGGCAGCCUGAGGGUAGAUGGCAUCGCUCGCUACGUCAGGCUGCAGCUGCACUCCUCCUCCUACUUCCUUUUCUACACAGAGAAUUCUCUCUAUGCAUAUUCCCUGGAAGAUCUGUGCAGUACAGUAGUUGGGGAGGAAGUUAAGCUUCCCAACUUCCAGCCGGAUUCUCACUGGGAGAAGCACAUUGACCGUGCCACGCACCUCUUAUCCCUUCUCAGAUUUGAAGACAUUCACUACCUGGCAACAGUUCCUGGGCACUCACGGGACAACAUCUUGGUUGUGGACUCGGAGGUGGCUACACUGAUCAACACAAAAGAUCUCCACGCUGUGUGGACCCUCAAUGUGUCCCGUGUUUUGAGUGAGCCGCUGCUCGGUUACUACAAACCUGAUGCCCAUGGUAUUGUCCUGGAGAGUGAGAUUGGACCCAAUAGGAAGAAGGUUAUGAUUGUUGAGAGUGAAUCUGGAGCAGUCCAGUGGGAGCUGAAGCUGAACUCAGGAUCAGGGAGCCCCGGCCCAGCCACACUUCCCACUGCGGAUCACCGCUCUGCCUUCCUCGUGUGGGGAGACUACCAGGAGCCAGGCAAUGAGACAAGACCCCGAACUCCUCUCCAGAAGCUGUACCUUUUCCAUCCUUCCUACACUAAUGUCCUGUUGGAGCUUCGCAACAGCACCGACCAAAUCAUUGCGUUCAGUGCGGCGCUGUUCGAGCGGAGCCGUCACGCCUGCUAUCUGCUGCUGCGGGGCCCCCAGCCCGGCGAGGGGCCAGGCCCCCUGUCCCUGAUGAAGAGGAAGCUGAAGGAGGAUGUGGCACUGAGCAGGGUGAUCUGGCUGCGCCGCACGCCCGGGGAUGAGGAGCAGCACAUCCGUGACCGCCUCUACAGGAUGCGAUUCCAGAGCCGAGAUUGAGCUGAACGGGGAAUGGGGAGAGGCUGCCCUGCUCUGCAGCCGUUGUCUCAACAAGCCCAGAGCCUGCAUUCCCAUGGGAAGCUGCCUUUCUUGAUCCACAAACCAAAGUGUGGCUGGCAGGGAAGCACCCCCAGUGUCUAGGGACACCCAGGCUGUGGGGGCAGCUGCCAGAGUGUCCGUCCUCAGAGCUGAUGGGACUUCAGUGCUUGGCCACCACUGAAGUGUCAUCAGCUCAGGGAGGAGGGCUUUCCCCUCCAUCCCUCUGUGCCCACAGAACUGUGCUGACUCAGGAGUGUGUCUGGAGGAAAACAUGUGCUUGCUGAGGUGCCAGAAUUGAUGAUUUCUGGGAUGGCUGAGAAGUGGAGUUGGAUGUCUGGGAAGUGGAGUUUGCUGUGUGAUGUUAGAUUUCCUUUCUGAGUCAGCUCUCCUGGCUGGGGAGAGGUGCUUGGCUGCAAGUUGAUUUGCAAUUACCCUUUCCUGGAUUUGGGCCAUGCUUCAGUAGUGGGGGGGUGUGUGGUGUCCACAGCUAUGGCUGUGGUGUGUCUGGUGUCACUUGGGCCAGCAAAGCACAGGUUAAAGUGUCGUUCUACUUAGCAAAUGGCCUUUUCUCCCCAGAACACCCCCAUGUGUCCUACUCUGCAGUCACCAGCCUGCCUGUGUCUGUGUUCUCUGCUGCUGCCUUCCCAGCCAGGCUGUGCAGUGUUGGUGGCACUGAGAGGGAGCUGGUCUCCCACCUGAUGGAUGCAUCAAUGUUCCUGCCUUCCCUCAGCCUGCUUAUAGAUGGUGAGAGAUCCACCCUGAGGCCAGGCUGGCUGGUCCCUGGAGGUGCCACCACCACCUCUCCAGGUGUAAGGAACCAGAGGAUCUAGGUUGAGUAGAAUUGCACUUGAACCUUUUCUGGGAGCUGGGAUUGCUGCUCUGGGAAGCCCUGUACCCAAGUGGCAGUGCUAGCACCCUCCUCAUUCAGCCUUGCAGCUGCUGAGGAGCCUUCUCCAAGCACUGUCCCUGUUGCCAGGGGUGGGCAGGAGCUCUGUGCUGCCUCCCUGCCCUUGGAAUUGAAGUGAUGCUGAGUGAGGAUCCUCGAGCUCUCUGCCCAGCCUGGUAUCCCAAGGGGAUGGGACAGGUUGCUGUGUGAAGAUGACAUGUUUCUCCUCGAGAUCCUUGUAGCACCGUGAGGUGUUUGCUCUGCCCUGUCCUGAUGGGUGCCAGUGCAGGCUGUAGAAAAAAGGUGCAGAGCCUUGAAAACAGUUUGAACCAGCUACUCAGUCCUGAAAAUAAAAACUAGGCCUAAAAAUAAUCUCUCUCAAGCUCUGCAGUGCUGGAGGGGCGUUGGCCAGUGCCUCCCUCCCUUGCUGAGUCUGACACUGGGGGAUGUGUAGAAACACUGUAGGAUGGGAAUGUGCAGCAUCAGGCACCAGUUCUUCCCUUCAGCCACUGCUGAGCCCGAAUGUGCCACUGGGCUGCUGCUGUCACCAGCUCACGCCACAGCCCCAGCCCUGCCAGGCUGACAGCACAGGGAGCUGGGCUGCCUGGACACCUCCUGCUUCCAGCUGACCAGUGGCUGCCUGAAGGGUGCUCUGUCUCCCUCUGUCCCGUAUCCUGGGCAGUCAGGGGAGCCAGUCCUGGGGUGUCCAGCUGUGCUGGAAGGCAGUGAUGCUCUCUGCAGAGUGCUCCACAACCUUCAAAAGCACCCUGGGCUCAAAAUGAUUGUGUUGCCCCUCUGCCUCUCUUCCCAGCUGUUUUCUGAGGGAGUCCAGGAGUGCAGGGAGGUUCCCCAGCUGUGUCCCCCAGCUUGGGUUUCCUCUUUGCUCAGCACCUUAGGCCUGACAGCUGCCCAGGUCUCUGUGCCAGUGUUGCAGCCAUAAGAGGGCUGGAUUGAGGCAGCCCUUCAGCCAGCUGGGACACAGGGCACAGGGCAGGGGACCCCGGGCUUGCACUGGAGCCCAGCCUGAGUGCUGGGUGUGGAUUGUUUCCUGCUGAGAUUCCCCUGGCUGGGAGCAAGGGGAAUGCCUGGGCUGUGUUCUCAUGACACUCUCCCUCCUCAGAUCCCUACCAAGACAUGACCUUCCCACAGGCACACUGAAUGUUCCUGGAGGAGAGCUGGAUUUUCAGCUUUGAGGAGCUUUCCUGGCUUUAAGUUGUCCAGUAAUGUUUCUGGACAGUUUGGAAAAGCAGAUUUCGCCGUGGCAGCUCAAUUAAACGCAUCAGUGCCAAACCAGCACCUUCUUGACAAAACCAGUCUGUUUCCAGCUUGUUUCCUGUGUAAUUGUUCUUUUGCAGUAUUUGAUGAAUGACUUUGUGCCUUGAUUCAAUAACUCAUCUGGGUGGCAAUGGCUAUAUCACUGUGUUAUGUGUUAGUGUGGUUUUUAACACUGAGACUGUUUGGUUUGGUUCUUUAACUUAUUGCAAAUUGUGCCGUACAGGACUUGCUCUAACCGGAAUGGUUUCAAUAAAUCCUCUUUUGCAUUGUUUGUAAA